AUGGACACCACAUAUACAAUGGUAGGCACGCCAGUGCAAGGUCAACCAUCGUUUGCAUACUACACAACCAAUGAUUCGCAAUCGCGACAGCAACAUUUCACCAGUCAUCCGUCCGAGAUGCAGGCGUUUUAUGGCCAGAUGCAGCCUUACCCACAGCAACAGCAACAGACCUGCAUGCCAGACCAGCAAUCCAUCUAUGCUGCGCAGCCCAUGUUGAACAUGCACCAGAUGGCCACGGCCAAUGCCUUCCGAGGCGCUUUGAGCAUGACUCCCAUCGUCUCCCCCCAGCCCACGCACCUCAAGCCCACCAUCAUCGUUCAGCAGGACUCGCCCAUGCUCAUGCCUCUGGACACACGGUUCGUCAGCAGUGACUACUACGCCUUCCCCUCCACCCCGCCACUGUCCACAUCGGGAAGCACAAUCAGCAGCCCGCCUUCUAGCGGUCGCUCCCUUCAUACCCCCAUCAACGAUUGUUUCUUCUCCUUUGAGAAAGUGGAAGGGGUGAAGGAAGGGUGCGAGAGUGAUGUUCACAGCGAACUGCUGGCCAACGCUGACUGGUCCCGGUCGGACUCGCCUCCUCUGACGCCUGUGUUUAUCCAUCCCCCAUCACUCACCGCCAGCCAAAGCUCCGAUCUCCUGUCUGCUCAUAGUUCCUGCCCAUCCCUUUCCCCAUCGCCUUCCCCCGUCUCCUCAACAUUCAUUGCUCCUCCUCACUCAGGUCUCUCAGUCGAGCCCUCUGGAACCGACUUCUGCGACCCCCGUCAGCUUACUGUUGAGUCGUCCGUGGACUCGUCGACGGAGCUGCCACCUCUGCCCACCCUCUCCUGCAAUGAGGAGGAGCCCAAGGUAGUUCUCGGCAGCGCCACCGUGACUUUGCCAGUGCAUGAGAGUCUCUCGCCUGCGUACACGAGCUCGACUGAGGAUCCUCUCGGUUCCUUGCCCACCUUUGACAGCUUCACGGACCUUGACUCAGAGGACGAGUUUGUCAACAACCUCGUCGAUUUCCACCCCGGUGGUAACCCCUACUUCCUCGGGGACAAGAGACAACGUCUGGGCUCAUAUCUGCUUGAGGAGGACGAGUUCCUGAGUGAUCGUAGCUUUGACGAUCUGGACGACCACGAGGCAUUUGCACAUUCUGGUCUUCCGUCGCUGGAGCCUUCCGAACUCAUCUCCGUUCAGGGUGAUGUUGCUGAAGUGUCUGAGGAGAUGAGGUCGAAGAAGCGCACCACCUCGCGUCGGACGCUGAAGCGGACUAACAGCUCGGACAGCAGCUCCGAGAGUCUGGCGACUUCGGGCAAGAGGACUCAAGCCUCUGCCAACGGUCGGUCGGGUCACUCGGAGGCGACCUCCUCGUCCGCUCAGCAGUCCACUACUCCAUCUCGUCAGAACUCUACUGCGAAUGCUUCCAGCUCGUCUGAGGCUCCCUCCGCUCCCGUGUCAGUGAACCGACGCGGUCGCAAGCAAUCCCUGACCGAUGACCCUUCGAAGACCUUUGUCUGCACGCUUUGCUCCCGCCGUUUCCGUCGCCAGGAGCACCUCAAGCGUCACUAUCGCUCCCUGCAUACUCAGGACAAGCCCUUCGAGUGCCACGAGUGUGGCAAGAAGUUCUCUCGCAGCGACAACCUCGCUCAGCAUGCCAGAACCCAUGGUGGCGGCUCCAUCGUGAUGGGUGUCAUUGAUACCAACGCGAGUCUGCAGGCUUCCUACGAAGAGCGAGAACCGAGGUUACUGGGCGCCGCUCUGUAUGAAGCCGCCAACGCCGCCGCCAACAAGUCCACAACGAGCGACUCAUCUGAUGGGACGAUCUCUGACACGUCAUCUGUCGAGGGACGACCCAUCAAGAAGCGCAGACGGGAGGACCAUGCCUGA